UGGCUGAUUGCUCUUCACACGCAAUUCACACGAUAUAACAAUUAAGAAAUACAAGCGUGUAAACUGACAUGGGUAGGUAUGGUAUACCGGGCAUACGGGGAACUAACCCCUUGCUUCCGUUGUCAAAGAGAGUAUGAGUUCCUCAACACCGAUGUCGUCAUCGGGUACGACGUGACUUGGCAGGAGUUAUCUGAGUGCGAACGCCGUCAGGACCGCCGCGAAGGAGGAGGAGGAGGAGGAGGAGGAGGAGGAGGAGGAGGAGCAGGUCGGGAUAAAGGAAGAACACUCAGCAGCAGAUCAAAGGAUCAGUGGCGGCCGAGGACCUGUCAAGCAAGAGGGAGAGGAGAGGGAGGAGGGGGAGGAGGAGAGGGAGGAGGAGAGGGAGGAGGGAGGAGCAGCGCAAACAGAUCAUUCUGCCAACCAACAAAUCAUCUGAGAGACUUUUCGGAAUUCGGCUCAUGGUUCCGUGUAUGGGCAAUCUGGCGUUUUGUGGUAGAACCAGCGGCAGGUUUCACACCAGGGAGUGUCCUGUGUAACGAUAUCUAUGACAUAGGGCAUCCCAGGAGAAGGAAGGCAAAGCCGCAGAUGGUGAUGGCGUCAACAUCUUCUUUGCCUUUGUUCAUUCAACGGGCCAUCACGCCAAGGAAGAUGACGAGAUCGGUGAUGACGAGAUCGGUUUCAACGACGUCGGUGACUGCAGAAGGUGACAUAUGUCCUGCGCCUAUGGUGAUGAGGGGGAUGAGAGCAUUUUCCUUUUGUGGCACAUUCCUACACUUCGGCGGCAGUGAUGGAGUCCUGACACGGUCGUUGCGCACGAGCCACAUGGCUCGAUAUCCGAUGACUUUCCUGACUGAGAUCUGCUGGACUGCCAAUCGAGGCCACCACAAGUCGUUGUCCCCGCAAAGAGUUACAACCAAGUCUUUUAUGGAUACAUUCUCCUCAUCAGCUUCACUCCCUCCCCCUUCUCCUCCUCCUCCUCCUCCCCCUACUCCUUCGCUUCCGCCUCCAACUUCCCCUCUUCCUCCUCCUCCAUCUGCAGUAAUGAAUGUGAUCUGGCAGCAUCAAAUUUGUGGCAGGGGAAUCACAAAGCUGACCUCAUCCUCGUCAUCAACCUCCUCCUCCUCCUCCAUGGCCGCCGGGAUCUCAGCAGGGAUUGUCUCCUUCUCCUCAUCUUCGGUCACGUGCUCUCCCGACUGGUCCUUCCGAACCGAGCCCGCAUCGGGAUCUGAACAGCAGACCGGAGACAAGACCGAUCACCAGGCUUGCUUGUCGGGAUUGGGACUGGAUAAAGUAGGUCAGGUCCAUGUUGGCAGUCUUGAUGGUAAUGGGUCUUUGUCAGUGAUGUCGGAAACGAUGGACAACAACAACGUGGGGACAGUACCCGGGCGCGAGAGAAUGACACAACCAUGUCGGCGGCUGGCAGGUCAUGUCAAUGAUGUCCGAGAUCCAGCAGAGAGUUCCACACUCAAGGAGCAGAUGGAGGAAAGGGAAAAGGAGGAGGAGGAGGGAGAGGAAGGGGAGAAGACCGGAAGGUUAGCGGCAGUCGGGUGUCGUCCAAGGAUGGAGGGAAUGGCCAUAGUCAACCGACGGUUGACGUCUGUGGAAGAAGCUAAGGAGCACGAGGGAGAAAACCAGUCACAGGGAGAGGGAGGAGUUGGCGAGCAAAGGGAGCUGUUUGAAGAGUGUUCUAUAAAUAACCCACAGGCUCAUAGUUCCGGAUCGGAGAUAGAGAAGAACAAGAAAAACGCAUCGGUUUCUUCAAACAUUUUGCAUUUUGAUUCGACCAAAGUUGCAGCAACCGUAGCGAAACACGAACAAGAAAAGGGCAAAGAAGAAGAAGAAGAAGGAAAGAUUAAAGCAGAAGCAGAAGCAGAAGCAGGAGAAGAAGAGGAAGAAGAAGAAGGUGAAGGCGAAUGGUGGCAUUUGAACGAUCGAAUCAUUGAGCUUCUUCCGUUGCCGGUGGAUUAUGAGAGAGAGAUGGAGAGGUUCUUAGACACAUUGGGGAUUGAAAAAUGGGUCAAUAGGAAGCUUUUGUUGCGAGCAUUGGUGCAUGACAGCUAUUAUAAUCAAUGGAUGCCGAAGACGAUCGAAGACGCAGAGUACCGCAUGCACUUCAACGCGUCCAGGAGGAGAUGGGCUGGGAAUCCUACGAGCACCAUUACGACUGCGUUCAUGGAGACACUGUGGAGACUGCAAAGGUUGUUCCCGCUUGAGAAGGGGAAGAAGAAGAAGGCUGCCAGCCGGCCGCCGGCGAAUGAAGAAGAAGUCCAUGCAAAUGCCAAUGCAAUUGGAAAUGGCGAUCGAAAUCGCACAAAGGGGGAGCAGCAGCAGCAGCAGGAGGAGGAGGAGGAGGAGGAGGAGGAGGAGGAAGGCGACUUUCUCUCCGUUGUUGUUAACCAAGGCUCUGAGCAUAGCUCUAUACGACAAAAGUUGGAGUUCCUAGGUGACAGUGUGUUGAAUCACAUGGCUAGCCGGUACUUGUUACAUCUGUUCCCCCGUAUGCCGAUGGGCUCUCUGGCCUGUGUUCGUUCAGAGAUGGUGAGUAAUCGCAACUUGGAGAAGGUGGCCUGGGGACCAUCCCUAGGCCUCCAUCGCCUCAUUCUUACUCAGCCACCAUUGCCAACCCCCCCUGCAAAAGGUGACGUCAACAGGAAGAGCAGCCAGUAUUACAGCAAUCUUGGGGGGGGCGGAUUCGUUGCAGACACACUAGAGGCCUUCGUUGGAGCGUUGGCCUUAUGCACAGGGAAGGGGGAGGGGGAGGAGUGUGUGAUACAUCAUAUUCUGCCCCUUCUGCUGGCAGAGGCCCUGAAGCCUGGCAAAGUCUCAUGGACUCCUCGUCCUCCUCCUCCUCCUACUACUAUUCUUCCUCCUGCUCCUCCCCCUCUUGAGCAGCAAGACCCCUCUCCAUCCUCCUCUACCCGUUCAACAGACAGACAUGAACUGGGACUAGGAGAGCUGACAGGUUCUGCUGAGCCCUCUUCUACCCUAGACUCUCCCUCUCCUCCUCCUCUUUCUGCUGCUACUGCUCAUGCUGCUGCUCGUGCAGUUCCUAUUGUUGCUGCUCCUACUGCAUUGUCUACUUUGGGGGUGGAUGUCUUUCCCCAGCCAAUAGGCGACGAGAAGAUGGGAAUGGUGAUGCUAGAAGCUGCAGAAGUGCACAAGAGUGCCAUAAGUAGUCUGCAAGAGGUGGCUAUGAAGGAACGCCUGGCGUUGCCCGAGUACAAGCUGGUAGGAGUGGUAGAGCAGGACGGUCCACGUGGCGGGAAGUUGUUUCGCGUGAGGGUCUAUGUGGAGGGUCGGCGAUUAGCCACGGGUGUAGGCCCAACCAUAAGAGACGCAAGGCAUGAAGCCGCCUUCAAGGCUAUGCUCGUUUGGCCACAGAUCUUUCCAAGAAUCUAAUUGCAAAGCGCCAACCCACCUCCUCCUCCUCCUCCUUUUCCUCCUCCUCGUCAUCAUCAUCAUCAUCAUCAUCAUCAUCAUUCAAUUCAAAUUUCAAAUCCUUGCACAAUACAUACUGUCAUCACCAUCAAUCAUCCUCUUCACAUUUCUUACCAUUUCGUUUUGAAAAGAGGCACAGGGAAAAAAAGUGACCCCAUCACCACACGCUUUCUAGCGUCUUCUUGCGGCCACAGACUUUCUAGUGUCUUCUUGCGGCCACAGACUUUCUAGUGUCUUCUUGCGGCCACACACUUUCUAGCGUCUUCUUGCGGUCACACACUCUGCGUCUUUGUCUUUGUCGAUAACACACUUUUCUGCCGUCUUGAAUGCCCACCCAUGCCUUGUCUGUUUGGCUGAGACUUUCUCUGGAAUCUU